UCCUCGCUCUAUUGUUCCAUAUUCACAUAUCUGUAUCUCAGCGAUCUCAGCUUAUAUCGUAUAUCAAUGAACUAGAUGUGUAAAGUGCUGGCACAGAAAAUUUAAUAGCCCCGAAAACCUUCGCAAGUGUAUGAAUUUUAAUAGAAUGUCUCAGCCUCGUGCUUCCACAUCGGUUUCGCCAUGCGCUCCUUCACCUCAGAUACAUGUCUUCCUCCAAGAAUCGGCAGGGGACAUGUCAUUCGAGGCAUACAAGCAGCCCAAAGGAACAAACUCCCGAAAACGUAGCUUUUCCCCCAUCGUGAACUUCAGAUCGCCGGAUAUAUCGCCGAUCGCGCUGAUUGAGGUGGGCACUACAUUUCGAUUAGCGUCGAAUGCCAAUACUCCCGAGGAAAAAAAUGCGCAGAACAAAUGGCGAAAGGAUGAACAGAGUCGACGUCCGGUGAAAAGUAUAUUCAACAAAAGUCUGCCCGUUCCGGAGAAGCGCAGGGUACCGUACAUGAUUGGAACACCUCUGGCCAAACGUGAGUUAGAGCAUCGCAUCUCGGUGACCAACAUUCUGCGUGAUCUCAACCUGGCCAAGUACGUUGGCAUCUUCAACGAUGAGGAAAUCAACUUCGAGGUGUUCCUCACGCUAUCUGAGAAGGACCUGCAUGACAUCGGCAUUGAUUGCAAGCGGGACAUCGAGUUGAUCCUGGGCAAAGUGGCCGAGUACAACGCCGGAAUGUGAAUGGUGAUUGCAGCGUGGCCGUGAUCAAUGACUACAGUCUAGUGAUAAUUGCAUGUUGCAAAAUUUUGAUCAUUGAUUUUAUUUAUUUUAUUUUGGUCAACUUGAUGUUGUGUUUUAGUUACUGAAUAUGUUAAACAAUUGUACCGUUUUUAAUGUGCGAAUCAUGAAAAUAACAUUAAAGCAAAUUUUACAGCUUCUUAGCAAAUAAUUUCCCGUACAAAGGUGGAUACUCAUUAUCGUUUGUGGCAGAUAAAACGUAAGAAAAAAAGAUAGAACAAGGAAGAAUGACAAAAAAUAAUGAGAUGGAAUAAAGAAAAAUAGAGAAAAAAAUAAAUUAAGAA